UCCCACGAAAGGCGAGGGCGUGUGACAGCCCGCGAGCGGAGUCGCACCCCAAGGCACGAAGUGCAAGAACUCUCGCUCGCUCUCAGUGACUCACAAUGCCGUCACUCAACACUUUCCAUUAACGUUAGAUGGCGGACAUUGUCAUGCGCCGGUUCGGGGGCGGAGGACUUCAAAUCGACGGCUCCUUGUUGAGCGAAUUGUUUCUUUCUUUUCGAUCGUAGAUUAAGACACAGUUCCUGACACAUCGCCCAUGGCCUGCGUGUGCUUGUUCAAUGGAAAACCUCGACAUCGUCGUCAGUGGAGAGGCUUGUUUCCGGAUCACGUUUGCUACUUUUGCUCUCCAGUAGUUCAACAGAAGCGGGCGUCCACAGUCAACAAGGAAUACCAACAACCCAGGAGAAAAUUUAGUAUGUUGGAGCAACAUUUGCGACUUGGGAAGGAAGACGGAAGAACAUGGAGAGUAGAUAAGAGCGUGACAGGGACCACGGAUUCGACCCGCUUAGGAGUUUUAUACAUGGAGCGGGAAGGCCCGCUGUUGGAAAGGAAAACCAACACCAAUGUAAGUGAGGAAGGAGAAACACAUACGUGAGAUGAGCAAAAAAAUCAACAGCCUGGCAAGCCCUUCAAGAGCACAAGUAGAUCUCAUCAUUGUUAUGUCCAGAUGAUAGACCAGUUGGAAAUUGGAAACUCAAGAUAAGAAUGCGCACCAUCCAUUUAUGAGAAAUCAAAAUACCGAGCUUUGAAGAGUUCCUGAGAUAUCCUGUGAAUCAAGAUCUAACAACGAAAACUAAGGAUUGCUAGCAAUGAGCCUUGUAAUACCUAGAAUGUAAACUAUCAUCAAUUCCUUUGUGUACCGGGUCAUAGAAGAGAAUGAAAGCGCAAUAUACAUAAAUGACUCAUUGAUUUUAAGGUCUCAAGGUAGACACUUUCAAACCUAUCCGUUGCAUUUGAGCGACGAUCCGAUUGGAUUGUAUUCACUACAAUAAAGGUCAACCAUUAAGAGUG